AUGGCGGCACAGGACGUCACCCUGAUCGCCUUUGGCCCCUCGGCGAAUUGCACUCUCGAUCUCUGCCCUCUCGAAUGGAGCGUUUUUCAAUAUCUACCCUCAAUACCCGCAAACGCAAUUUUCAUCAGCGUGUUCAGCCUUCUUUUGGCCGUACACCUGAUACAAGGUGUGUGGUACAAGGCUUGGACUUACAUGGCAUGCAUGGCGAUAGGCUGCGGCCUCGAACUUGUUGGCUACGCCGGGCGAGUCAUGCUGCAUGAGAAUCCAUUCGACUUCAAUGCAUUCCUGCUGAACCUCAUUCCUAUUACUAUCGCUCCAGUCUUCUUUUGCGCCGCAAUAUACGUCCAAUUGACGCAAGUUAUAAAUUACACAGACCGGUCCAUAUCGCGCUUCAACCCGCGCUUCAUCAGCUUCAUCUUCAUCCCCUGCGACAUCAUCUCCCUCGUGCUGCAAGGCACUGGCGGCGCCUUGUCAGCCGGCGCCGAAACCGUUAGCGAAACUGACCUCGGCGUUGAUGUCUCGAAAGCGGGUUUAAUCUUUCAAGUCAUCACACUUAUAGUGUUCAUCGGGCUAUCCGCGGAUUACUUUUUUGCAUUGAGGAGGAGGCACAGGAGGAUUGGAAUGAAGACGGAAAGAGAGUUGAGAAUCGUGUUGGGGUGGUUGAGUGCCGCGACAAUUUUGAUUCUAAUCAGGUGUGUGUUUAGGAUUGUGGAACUCAAGGAUGGGUACUUCGCGCCGGCCUUUCGCGACGAGGGAACCUUCAUAGCGUUCGAGUCGGUGUUCAUGUGCAUCGGAGUCGCCUGCAUGAAUAUCGGUCAUCCUGCACGGGCUUUUCGAACCCGACUAACGACGACCGAGACCAUAAGUCCAAUAGAGUUACGGCGAUCAAAGUAG